AUGUCAGAACAUUCUAGCAGCUUGAAGCCAGACAUCUUCAACGAUAAAGCCUACAUGUCAAAAAGAAGUAUCAGAAAGACCUUAAUUAAUAAGAUACGGUAUAUACCUCUAGAGAGUGAGAUCAACACUAAUGCUAAGGAAUCACUGUCUUCCACUGUCUGUGCCAGUGAAAUGAAUCCAGUGUGCUGUGAUUCACAGCAGGAAAAGAAAGUCUGUAAAAACAUUAGCGAGAUCCAGAUGGUUGGAUCGGAGUCUGAGGAAGCGUCCAGGUUUGUGAAACUUGAGGAAGACUGGACCAAGUUUGAAUUGGCACAAGCUACAGAAACGCAACAUGAAGCGACUGAAGAUAACAACGUAGCAAAGCCAUCCAGGGAACAUGAGCCAAAUUUGGAACCAACACACACAGGCAAGCCGCUUUAUAUCUUCGCAGCUAUGAAGAAGCGAAAAAUGGAGGGAGAUGCAGAAAACCGCCCUUACAAGUGCCCUUACUGCAGUUGGGCCUUUAAGAAGUCUAGCAACCUACUGAGCCACAUGGAGACACAUAGCGGGUUGAAGCCACACGUGUGCGAACUGUGCGGAAAAGCCUAUGCACAUCAGGGCACCCUGCAGCAGCACAAGCGGCUACACACAGGUGAACGGCCCUACAGCUGCCCAUUCUGCGACAAGACCUACACAUGGUCUUCUGACCACCGCAAGCACAUCCGCACACACACAGGCGAGAAGCCAUACACAUGUACAGAGUGCGGCAAGGAAUUUGUGCGCUCGUCAGACCUUCGUAAGCACGAACGCAACAUGCACACGAAUGACAAGCCAUUCCCAUGUCAUGCUUGUGGCAAGACCUUCAACAAACCUUUAGCUUUGCUCCGGCAUGAACGUACACAUCUGGGUGAGCGGCCUUUUGGCUGUCCAGACUGUGGCAAAACCUUUGCCCUUCCUUCCCGCCUGGCUGAGCACCAGAAAGUUCACAGCGGCUUGCGGCCGUAUGUCUGCCCAAUAUGUUCGAAAGCCUUCACCAAGUCCUCAAACCUGACCGAGCACCUGAGUGUGCACACAGGUUUUCGUCCACACACGUGUGCAGAGUGUGGUGUAGCUUUUGCCAUGCACUCACGCCUGCUACGGCAUCAGCGCACCCAUGAAGCCCGAUGA